UGGGGAUUUUCGAAGAAUCUUGACCAAGAAAUGUGGAGAUCUGUUGCGAGAAAGAUAAAGAGACGAAGCGACAUUGGGAAGAAGAGUGAAGUAAUAUACAAUGGCAACCAAAUCAAACAGUCCAAGGACCACGAUCGCCAAGCCCAAUCAACCCAAGGCUCGUUGUUUGCAGUCCACUGCCUAUUAAGCAAGACACUAUUUGGCCCCUAAGCAUUCCAUGGCUCAUGCUUCGAGAUGUCCUUUGGGAUACCACAACCAGUAUUGUAAGCCCUAGUGCCGUAAGGGUCUAUCAAACUACAGAUACCAAUGUAGUUCUGUCGAUGAUACUACACGUCUUGCGCCAGUCUCGGAUAAGCAUUCUACCUUUUUCCUUCCAAGAACUAGCAGUCAGAAUAGAUGCUUCAAUGCCAGAAUGGUACUAUGGAGAACAUACACAGACUGUCAGUAUUCUUCUAGGCGGUCAAGAAAGCGAAAUCUUGCCUGAAUAUAUCAAGGUUAUGAUGUAUGGAUUGUCAAAUGGAUCAAGAUUUCUCGACAGGGCACAGUGGGACAUCUUCAGUUCUAUGCUGAGAGAGAACAUGUCAGACCUUGAGCCGAAUCUACGGCAACUUCGGAGUCACAGCAUCACUAUUAGAGCAUUCUUGGAGAAAAUAUUCCAGGCGGAGAUUUACUGGGCAACUCAGAUUGAUGACCCUACUAAUCACCAAAAGGAUUAUCUCCCUGAUAGGUCGUUGGAUAUAAUUAAGAUGCUGUUAGAGUCAGGUCAGGAUCCAAAUUGCUGUGUCGGAGGACGGAAUAUUAGAUUUGCUACACCGAUUGGGCGGGCUCUCAACAUCGGCCAUGUUGACCUGGCUGAAUUACUUCUCUCCUUCAACGUCCGCAUCGACGAUACCCAGGCAGACUUCGACAAUUACAACGCCAUCCAGACGAUUUUACGCGGACGUCUAUCCAACGCUGUUCAGUCACGGCUCCUCAAACUGCUAAAGGAGUACAAAGCUGUUAGUCUAGAAGAAGUCCUUUGCGGAGCGCUCAAACUUGACGACAUGGAGCUCAUUGAAGAGAUUUUGCAAGAUGACAUUGAUGUCACAAAGGGUCACCCUGAAACAAAACAUUGGGUAGGAUAUGAACUCAGUGAUAAAAACAACUGUUUGGGGUGUGAAUCCCCUCUUACCACAUCCCUAGGGGGGAACUGCCAUUGGACUAAGAAAUUACUCAAUCACCCUUCCGUACAGAAAGAUCCGUCACAAGUCCUCUCGGUAGAAAUAUUCAUUGCAGCUGCUAUCAGAGGAGAUUGUCAAACCAUCAGUCAACUCCAAGAGCUUUCUCCCUCUGGCCUUACUUACAAGUGGAAUGGCAUUACUUGUUUGAGGGCUGCAGUGGUGUAUAAUAACCUACCGGUAGCUCAGUCGCUCCUUGAACCUAAUGUCGGGGCAUCGCCUGAUCUAGUCCUAAUAGCAGCCCAUUAUGGCUACGAGGAUAUGGUACGACUACUCCUCCAGUAUGGUCUUUCACCUGAUGAAUUGGUCAACAAAGGUGAUGUGCAGUGGUUAGAGUAUUUCGCUUGUGAAACGCUUAUACCUAAGGAUUGUAGUCCAAUCCUUCAAACUCUUCUCAAAGCCCAGUUAAAACGCUGGAAUGCGUCGAAAGCAAACUGCUUGACACUUUUGAUCGAAGGAGGAGCCCGGUUUCUGGGCGGUGAGAUUGCAAGGCUGGCCGAAAUUGGCUUUCAAGAGCCAUUGCAAGCUGCACUUGCUAGAGGUAUCAGCCCGAACGACCAAGACGAGGAUGGCCGAACCGCAAUCCAAUGUGCUUUAUACCCCGAUAGGUAUCUUCGAAUCAGCAGGUCAAGGCAUUCUAACACAAGCUGCGAAGUCAACAAACGAUACAGAAUCAUCAAGUUACUUCUAGAAGCAGGAGCUAAGCAAGUUGGUGAAGUUGUCAACGCCAUUCGCCAAAGCGAUUAUAAUGUCACAAAGCUUCUUCUCGAGAAUGGCGGUACCUUGAACGAUAUCGACGAAAGGGGAGCCUCCUGCCUGGAGGCUCUAAUCAUGAACUCUAAUAAUAUUAGUUUCAUGCGAGCUGACAAUCAUUAUUGUCACGACCACUACCCAUUUCACGGCAGAGGAACAAUGAGAGAUGAUAACAAUGUUCGAUUCGGAGUCCAAGAUGAUGCUACUAUAGCUUGUCCAACUUGCGCAGCAAGCUGGUUAGAUAGCGGCUUGGACGAACGGGACUUUCUUCAGGCACUACUUGAAGCACAAGACGGUCCUAUUGAUGCCGGACCAAUCUGCGCAGCGAUACAAGUCAAAGACUGGGAACUACUUAAUCGUCUUCUUGUCCGGCCUCAUAAGGAAACAAACUGCCACUUGCUAGAGGGCACAGCUAUUGGUCUAGCUGCUAGGGCCGGGCAGAUGGGAAUCGUGGAGAAGCUUUUGAGUCGAUUUCAUCACCCAUCCGCAAUCCAAUCCGGUUUCAUCCCAUUUUACAUCAUGAAAGGUUGCUUGGUACUACGUCCAAACGAUGGCGUAUUACAAGCAUUUGAUUGUCAUCCAUGGGGUUAUGACACGAAUGAAUUCUGGCGUAAAGACCCAGUUCUCGGAUUGCGAGGAGUAGCUAGUCCCCUGGCAUUGGCAGCGUUGGGAGAAGAUUCUUCAAGCUUUGAAGCGCUUCUGGCACAUGGUUGUUGUGCGGACAAGACCACUUUUACCGUCAUAGCGCAAAAGGAAUCGGCUUCUGUGUAUCUCGGCCUCUUGAGAAAACACAGUCAACGGCCUAAUAACUUAUUCCCAUCCCAGUCGACCUUAUGCUCAAUAUUACUAGGCCCGAUUCGAAGUGGUAACAUUGAGUUACUCAAAGAAUUAGUGGAUGCAGGCUCUGAUGUUAACGACUAUAAUGCCACAAUAGAUAGAAGCCGAUCUCCACUACAACUUUCUGCUGAAGUAGGAGACUUGGGUAUGGUGCACUACCUGCUAGAAAAACAGGCUGAUGUUAAUUCUCCGCCAUCAUUCUGUGGGGGUGCUACAGCACUUCAGUUUGCAGCAAUAGGAGGAUAUAUGGGAAUAGCAAAGUUACUACUAGACUGUGGCGCCCGUAUCAAUGCUAGGGGAUCACGAAGACGUGGCAGAACUGCUCUAGAAGGGGCCGCAGAACGCGGAAGGCUUGAUAUGAUAGAGCUUUUACUUCAGAGGGGUGCUGCCUGGGCAGAUUCUGGGCGUCAACAAUUCAAUUCGGCAGUGCGGCUUGCUUUGGAGAAUGCGCAUUAUGCUGUUGUUGAUUGGCUGAAAGAUCGUUAUGGUUGGACAGAAGAGGAUGAGGAUUUUUUGAAUAAUGGCAUGGAUGAUUGGCUCUAUUGGGACGAUCGCUGUAAGAAUUGCCGGGAUUCCUGUUGCGACGAGAUACAUGGCAGUGAGGAUGACUGCAUAUAUUACUACCCUGACGAUAAGGAGGAGGAAUGGGCCGCUGAGUGCUACUAUUGUAAGCUGGAGUGGAUUGAAGACUGUGAAUCCCAGGAUGAGGGUGAUGAGGCUUCAGAUCAAUGGCCAAAACAAAAGCUGGAGGACGACGCCAUUUUCUUUGAGCCGUGGGUAAGUGAUUAUAGUCUCUUCUUCGAUUAAUUAUUAACUCCACCAUUACAAUGGUCAAUUCCGUG